CCAAGCUGGCGUCCUCCGUCGCGGAUCUGCUGCGGGCGCUGCAGCCCAACAUGGCGCUCAUGAGUGGACUCGGUGGUCUUGGUUCUUUUGGUUCUUUUGGCGCGUUCUCGGCUCUAAAUGCCUUGAGUGCAAAUGCGGCGAGCAAUGGUAAUUUGGGAGGAUCUGGCAGUCCUGUAGUUCCCACGCCGCUAGUGCCGUUGCCCUCACUCUCCUUCACCGCCGCCCAGGUGGCCGCCGUCUGCGAGACUCUGGAAGAGAGUGGCGACAUGGAGCGACUUGGACGCUUCUUGUGGUCGCUGCCGGUGGCUCACCCGCACCUCCACGACCUCAACAAACACGAGGCGGUGCUGCGAGCGCGCGCCCUCGUCUCCUUCCACGUGGGCAACUUCAGGGAGCUCUACGCUAUAUUGGAAUCACAACGUUUUUCCAAAUCGUCGCACGCGCGUCUGCAGGCACUGUGGCUGGAGGCGCACUACCAGGAGGCUGAGCGCCUCCGGGGCCGCCCGCUGGGGCCGGUUGACAAGUACAGAGUCCGCAAGAAGUUUCCCUUUCCCAGGACCAUCUGGGACGGCGAGCAGAAGACUCACUGCUUCAAGGAACGCACAAGAUCCCUACUUAGGGAAUCCUACCUCCAGGACCCGUACCCCAACCCCAGCAAGAAGAGGGAGCUGGCCUCGGCCACGGGUCUCACCCCUACACAAGUCGGCAACUGGUUCAAGAACCGCAGGCAGCGAGACAGAGCAGCAGCUGCUAAGAACAGGUAA